CUGGCUCGGGUCGCAGUCCCGGUCGCCAACUCGGCGUGCUCCUCCGCACCGCACGGCACGGCCGCCGCGCGCGCGCGAUGAAAACCAUCGCGAAUUCGUUGGUCCCUGACGUCUGCCCCGUCUCGUCGUCGUGUCUGCCCACGGGCGGGGAACAAAACAACGCAGGCUGUGCUUAUCUACGGCGGGGCGCGGCACGGCUCGUGCUCUGCUCCGUAGUUUUCUUCCGUUCCGUUCCAUCGCGUGCGUGCGUGCCAGCAGCUCAGCCGCGCCGGAAAGCGGCCGGGAAAGAAGGAAGAAGAUGGCCAUUAGCGGGGCGGCGUCGCGCGGCGCUGCCGACGGCGACGACUCGGCGGCCUCGCUGCAGGGCCUCGAGCACCCCCUCCUCCACGCCUACGAGGCGCGCAAGGAUGAUCCCGCGGCGGCGGGCGACCGCGAGGCGCAGCGCUUCGGCCCGGAGGCCGACGGCGGCGCGAGCUUCGUGCGGACCUGCUUCAACGGCCUCAACGCCCUCUCCGGCGUCGGGCUGCUGUCCAUCCCGUACGCGCUGUCGGAGGGCGGGUGGCUGAGCCUGGCGCUCCUGCUCGUCGUCGCGGCGGUCUGCUGCUACACGGGCCUGCUCCUGCAGCGGUGCAUGGACGCGUCCCCGGCCGCGCGGGGGUACCCGGAGAUCGGCGAGCUCGCGUUCGGCCGCGGCGGCCGCCUCGCCGCGUCCGCGUUCCUCUACGCCGAGCUCUACCUCGUCGCCAUCGGCUUCCUCAUCCUGGAGGGGGACAACCUGGACAAGCUGUUCCCGGGCACCAGCCUCGGCCUCGCGCUCGGCGGGGGCCGCCUCGUCGUCAUCUGCGGGAAGCAGCUCUUCGUGGUGCUCGUCGCGCUCGUCAUCCUGCCCACCACGUGGCUCCGGAGCCUGGGCGUGCUCGCGUACGUGUCGGCCAGCGGCGUCCUCGCGUCGGCCGUCGUGGUCGUCUGCGUGCUGUGGACCGCCGUGGCGGACGGCGUCGGGUUCAGGGCGCAGGGGAGGAUGAUCAAUGUCAGUGGCCUGCCAACGGCUCUGGGCCUGUACACCUUCUGCUACUGCGGUCAUGCCAUCUUCCCAACGCUCUGCAACUCCAUGAAGGAAAAGAAGAAGUUCUCUCGGGUGCUUGGCAUAUGCUUUGCGGCCUGCACCCUGAACUACGGAUCCAUGGCGAUCCUCGGCUACCUCAUGUACGGCGACGACGUCAAGUCCCAGGUGACGCUGAACCUGCCGGAGGGGAGGGUCAGCUCGAAGCUGGCCAUCUACACGACGCUGAUCAACCCGUUCUCCAAGUACGCCCUGAUGGUGACGCCGCUCGCUACGGCGGUCGAGGAGAGGCUGCUCACCGCCGGCACCAAGAGCAAGAGGUCCUUCAGCGUACUGAUCAGGACCCUCCUCGUCGUCAGCACGGUAGUCGUCGCGCUCGCCGUGCCCUUCUUCGGCCACCUGAUGGCGCUCGUGGGCUCGCUCCUCAGCGUCAUGGCCUCGAUGCUGCUCCCCUGCGUCUUCUACCUCAAGAUCUUCGGCGUGGCGCGGUGCGGCGGGGCGGAAGUCGCGCUGAUCGUCGCGAUCCUCGUCCUUGGCUCCCUGGUGGCUGCCACGGGGACGUACUCUUCUCUGAAGAAGAUUGUUCACGAGUUCUGAAGAAGACACGACUGUUUCAGCAGAUGUGUCUCAGACAAUUGCAAGAUGUUAUCCAUGAGGCAGGGGAACAGGGCUGAAUGGCUGAUCUGAUGACGAGAUACGAGAGGAGCAAGGUGUCUGCUUAGAUAUGGGGAUAUGUUGCUAUCCCAUCUUGAGGCAUGUACUUCUUUUGUAAGAGAAGCAUGUUGUCAUUUGCCAUUUGUAGGAGGCUAGGAGCCUUAUUAGGUGGACACUGUUAACGAAAUCUGCAGCGAGAAGCUAGUAAAAUGAGGAGCUUGUUUCAUUGUACUAGUUGUGAGAAGAGCAGUGUACUACUUUCAGAAGUUCAGGCCAACAUACUCAUAUGGAAUCGAUUUC